AUGGACGCUGAGGCCGGCGAGGCGGGGAUGCAGCAGCCAGGGGCGGCGUUCCCGAUGCCGUUCGACAGGUCGUCGUCGCGGCUAGGCGCGCCCGGCGCCGAGAGCUUCGACGGCGCGCUCAGGGAGCUCAAGGAUCUGCGGUCUCAGCUGCACGAAGCGGCGGACUGCUGCGAGAAGGCGUUCCUCAACACCGACAAGAAGAAGCUGAUUCUGGAGGGUACAAAGGGUUACAUAUGUGACGCGGUGGUAGCUGUGAUUGAUCACUUGGGGACUGUUUCAUCCAAGCUUGAGCACAAGCUGCAGGAGAAGACUGACGUCACACAGACAGAACGAAAGAUCAACUUCUUGAAACAGAGGCUUUUGACAUGCGAACAGUAUGCCAUUUCUCUGAAGCUUUUGACUGUACGAGGGGACCCUGAUGCCAUUCAAUAUCAUCGUCGUUACAUCUCACAAUUUACUCAAAGGUCCAAACUGGGAAACGGUGUUGGUUCGAGUAAAAAUGAUCCACGACUUCCGGAAAUUACUGGCCCAACAGUAUCUGGAGCUACCCUCACUCUCAAGCCAUAUGAUGUUCAACCAGCCACCGGAAAAGAACAUACCAUGGUAUCAGCAAAUUUUGAGGACAGCCCAAGGACCAUAAGAAGGUCAUUCUCGUUUAGAGCAGAGGAUGUUCACAUUGUUCUAGGUGAUCAGAAGAAGAAGGCCAACCAUGGGAGCACGAGUAACAUCUUGUCAUUUCUCAAGAAAACCAGGCGAUGA